AUGAAAGCCGUCUUACAACGCGUCAAGUCGGCGUCCGUCACCGUCGAUAACCAGUUGAUCUCAUCUAUUGGCCAAGGAAUCCUUGUGUUUGCAGGCGUUGGAAAGGAAGACACCGAAAAAGAUGUGGACAUUCUGGCAGCACGGGUGCUGAAAGCCAAACUAUGGCCGGAUGAAACCAAUUCGAAAACUUCUUGGAAACGGAAUGUCCAGGAUAUCGGAGGCGAAGUCCUUUGUGUAUCGCAAUUCACAUUGUACGGACACAUCAAAAAAGGCAACAAGCCUGACUUCCACGCCGCCGCCGACCCCGAGACGGCCCGUCGUCUCUACGAUCGCUUCGUCCAGAAAGUGGGCGAGUUAUACAAAUCCGAGCGUGUGAAAAAUGGCGUCUUUCAAGCCAUGAUGGAAGUUGAACUCAAGAACGACGGUCCGGUCACGAUUGAGAUAACUACGGAUCUGCCCAAAUCUGACAACAGUAAGAAUAACGGGGAUACUGUGCAAACUCAGACCGAUUCGGAUGGGCGCAGAGUGUAA